AUGUCUGACCUGGAGUUUGGUGGCAUGUCCAUAAAGGAGGUGGAAAUGGACGGCAAGUACAAACCGCCGCAGCCUCACUGGUACGAGCUGUAUGCCCAGCCCUGCGUGGCCGAGCUCCUGGGCUCGGCGUUGUUCAUCUUCAUCGGGUGCGCGUCAGUGAUUGAGAACGUGGACGGCACGGGGAGGCUGCAGCCCGCCCUGGCGCAUGGGUUGGCUCUUGGGCUCAUCAUCGCCAUUUUGGGAAACAUCAGCGGUGGCCAUUUUAACCCAGCUGUCUCCUUGGCCGCGUGGCUGAUUGGUGGGCUGAACAUCAUGCUGCUCAUCCCUUACUGGAUCUCCCAGCUGUGUGGGGGGCUGAUCGGAGCUGGCCUGGCAAAGGUUAUGACAGCAAAUGACAGAUACAUAAACGCCACUGGAGCGGCUUUCACUAGCAUCACAGACGACGGGCAGAUCCCCUCCGCCCUUGUGGGUGAGAUUGUCAUGACCAUGUUCCUGGUCUUAGCCGUCUGCAUGGGAGCCAUCAAUGAAAAAACCAGCAGCCCUUUGGCACCUUUCUGCAUUGGUUUCACUGUCACCGCUGACAUCCUAGCUGGAGGCGCUAUAUCGGGGGCUUGCAUGAACCCUGCCAGAGCUUUUGGGCCAGCGCUGGUAGCAAACUACUGGGACUAUCACUGGGUUUACUGGGUAGGGCCCAUGGUAGCCAGCCUGCUAGCUGGUGCAUUGAUAAGGCUCCUGAUUGGCGAUAGGAAAAUCCGCCUGCUCCUGAAGUGA